AUGGACUCGACAUCCCCUCCCCUCGCUUUUUUCCCCUCCGCCGCUGCCUCUUUCCAUCCUGCCCCCUAUGCUCCCUCCGCCGCCGCCUCCUCCUCAAGGCCUCCUCCCCGCUCACAUCUUCGCAGCGACUCUCUCGCAGUGCCCCCGCUUGGCAUGGACCCUUUGCCCUCUGACCCAGGUGUUCUUUUUAUUCAUCCUCCUUUCACCACUUUUCCGGGGUCAGACAAGUGUCCAGAUGGUUUGACCUUCAAUACUCUCGCCGAGAACAGCGAGUGGUUUCUCGACCCCCGCGAUUUCAUCACUGCAGCUAGUGCCCCAACCCCCAAUCAGAUCCCUUAUCCGCCCCAUUUAGAGCCCCCUCGUGGCUGGUGUCCAGCUAAGAAAAAGGAUCUCAGGGAUCGUGGUUCAGAGGGCUGGCCAGAGGGCGAGGAGCCCCGCCUUCGAUGCACUUUCUGCAGGCGCACCUAUGCAGGUGUCAAUGCGAAGAGUAUGUGGCGCCGCCAUGUUUUCGAAAAGCACAAGAUUGCGAUGGCCAAUCGCAGGGAUGGCAACGUCGACCGUCCAAGAGGUCGAGGUUCUGGCAAGGAGAACCGUCAAGCUUCCAAGUCUCGCGAUGAGUCUCAUGACAGUCUUGUCACCAUGGUUGUAGCCCCCCAAACCGCCCCCGAGAAUGUCUCCUCCAAGUCUCGUUUCCGGAGCACAAAUGCCCGACCUGUCCUUCAGGCAUCCAAUAAACGCGGACGUGACCGUGAGACCAAGAAAGAUAAAGAAGAAGAUCCCCCUGCAUCUUUGCCAUCUCAACCCUCACAGCAAGAAACUUCGGACCAGAGCGAGUCUGAGAGCGAUUCCGAGCCCCCUGCUGCAUCCGCAAUAGUUAGUCCUCCACUGACACCUCACCCUGAUACUUCAUCGGACCCACUCAACGUUGCUCAUCCGAGCUCUGACGCGCUUGUGCCCAACUCUCCUACUUUCAUUCCGACAAGGAUACCAGAAUCACCAUAUAAUCCCCUCCAGACGCCCUCAUUUCGUCAUUCUCCUCCUCGCCUUCCCUCAGAACAGCCAUGGCGAUUUCCCAGUCCAAGUCAUCCAUUACAUGCUACUCGCGACAUUUCCCUCACUAUGGUUGCCUUACCACUGGCUAGCCCUAUCAAGGGCUUCACUACCAGCAGUCCUUCGACCAUGUUGGCCUUAAAUUCUUCUCCGAUAUCGAGUCCAUCAAAAGUAUUAUCCCAGUCCUUUGGUUUUGAGACCCCGGCUCGAUCGACUGCGUCAUUCGCCAAAAUCGUCAAACGACCCCAGUUUGUGAAAAACCAAAUGUCUUCUCCCUUGUCGUCUGUCACGACUUUAUCUCAUGCGACCAAAGAAUGCCUUCCAGUGUCCUCGCCGUUCAAAAGACCCAUGGCAACCCCUCAUAAACGCCACUCUUCAGAGUAUUCUGAUUCUUGGUUCGCCGAUAGUUCUUUGACCUCGACCUCGGGCUCGUCGCUCUCAAAAUCUGUGACUGAAGACAUUUUUUCUGUCUAUGAUUCGUGGCCAACUAUCUACGGAAACCAUAGUCCUAUACUUCGCAGCGGCCCAUUACCUCCUCUCGACAGAUUGAGUUUUGGACUUUUGGAACCAUUUGGGUUCAACAAGGAUGAUGAACUCGAUACAGAUUUCAGUUCCCUUUCUUCUGAUCUCGAAGAACCACCUAAAGGAAAAAGAUCCGCCAUGAACGCUAACGUCGAAACUUCGACCAAUGCAUCACCCCCUCUUAAGAAAAGAAGGAUGUCUCAAGAAACCUCCAACACCACCUAG